AAAACCGAAUUAUUGAUUUUUGUCUCUCGUGUAAAUUUGUACACAAAAAAAGAAAAGCGAAGAAAAACACUGACUGUGCAAAUAAUAAAUAAUUGCUAACAACAACAACUACAAAAAAGUGUGCAACAUAUUGAUAAUGUUAACUAAGCGGAAUACGGUGACCACACAAGUCCAGGACACGUCCCCCGAGGGCACAUCUGUCGCUCUGGAUACGCGUCUCUCGCGGCACGUGGUCAGCGUUGUACCCAAGAAGCGCCAGGAGGUGCUCAGAUGGUAUGGCUGGGGCUACAACGAUUCGGAGUUCUAUGGUGAGCAGGGCACCAUCUGUUUCAAAGGCGACAAAUAUCCGCUGGGCGGCUGUGAAUUGCCGAAUUUCACGAAAUGGGCGAGGAGUAAAUUUGAUCUGUAUGUCGAUUCCACCAAGGAAUAUCCACAGCUGCCCCAAAAAUAUCCGCUGCCCGUGGAGAAUGCUGGCUUCCUCAACGAGCUGCGCAGCUGCACCAAAGUGGAGCAUUCGCAGGAGGGAGUCGAUCGUUUGGUGCGUUGCCACGGCCAGACCUUGAAUGACAUCUACAGUUUGUGGCACAACAAGUUCCGACGCAUACCGGAUGUGGUGGUGUGGCCACGUUGCCACGAUGAGGUGGUGCAGCUGGUGAAUCUAGCCCAUAAGCACAAUGUGAUGAUGUUGCCCUAUGGCGGGGGAACGAGUGUUUCGGGUGCCGUCACCUGUCCGCAGGAGGAGCAACGGAUGAUUUGUGUGCUGGACACCUCGCAAAUGAAUCGAAUGUUGUGGCUCAAUCGGGAGAAUCUCACCGUGUGCUUUGAGUCGGGCGUGGUGGGUCAGGAUCUGGAGCGUGUGCUGCGCGAGCAGAAUUUGACGGUGGGUCACGAGCCCGAUUCGUAUGAGUUUAGUACUCUGGGUGGUUGGGUGGCCACACGUGCCUCUGGCAUGAAAAAGAACGUGUACGGGAACAUUGAGGAUCUGGUGGUGCGUGUGAGAAUGGUCACCCCCACUGGCACCCUGGAGCGGGAGUGCAGUGCGCCGCGUGUCAGCUGUGGACCGGAUUUUAAUCACAUCAUACUUGGCUCGGAGGGAACACUGGGUGUGAUCACGGAGGUGGUGCUCAAAGUGCGUCCUUUGCCACCUGUUCAGCGCUUUGGAUCCCUUGUGUUUCCCGACUUUGAGCAGGGUGUGCUCUUUAUGCGUGAGGUGGCCCGGCGUCGCUGCCAACCGGCCUCGGUGCGUCUGAUGGACAACGAGCAGUUCCUGCUCGGUCAGUCACUGAAGCCCGCGAAGAGCUGGCUGGCCAGCUGCCUGGAUGCCAUCAAGCAGAGAUAUGUGACCGCCUGGAAGGGUAUCGAUCUGUCGCACAUUUGCGCUGCCACGCUGCUCUUUGAGGGCGAACAGAAGGAGGUGCAGCGCCAGGAGGCGCUCAUCUAUGAAAUAGCCUCAAAAUACAAAGGAUUUUCAGCGGGUGGUCAGAAUGGUGAACGUGGCUAUGUCUUCACCUUUGUCAUCGCCUACAUUAGGGACUUUGCACUGAGUCAAGGAAUUGUGGCUGAAUCGUUUGAGACCUCUGUGCCCUGGGAUCGUUGCUGUUUGCUCUGUCGCUGUGUGAAGCAGCGCGUCGUUUCGGAGUGCCGCAAACUCAACAUUACGCACUACACUAUCUCCGCCCGGGUCACACAGACCUAUGAUGCGGGUGCGUGCAUUUAUUUCUAUUUUGGUUUUCGAUAUGUGAACAUACCGAAUCCGGUGGAGGUGUUCGAGGCGAUCGAGCAUAGUGCACGUGAGGAGAUUCUGGACUGCGGUGGCUCCCUAUCCCAUCACCAUGGUGUGGGCAAAAUACGCAGCCAUUGGUACAAAAAUUCAGUCACCGAAACGGGCAGUUCCCUCUACACGGCUGCCAAGGAGCAUUUGGAUCCAAGGAAUAUCUUUGCUGUCGGAAAUUUAUUGCCAGCGCCGGACAAGUUGCAACACGAGAAGGAACAGUCAGCUGCAAUUAAGGCCAAACUUUAAGACGAUACUAGGACACUUGUAGAGCAAUCCUUGUGUAAAUCUCAUCACUACCUUCAACUGCUUGCAUUAAUUUUGCAUUUUUUAAGUCGGGACUCAUUUUUUGUAUGGGUGUUAACUCUUUGAUAAAUAAAUGGCAUAUUUGUAGAACGAAA